AUGUCGACGAACGGCUCCCUUCAACUUCCCCAAGCACAGUCGAAGCCUUCGACAGCUGAUCUUCCGACACAAAAGCCACUCUCACUCCCUACGAAUCCGGGAAAGUCGGAAGCAGGCUCGACACUAACAGGAGAUGACGACAAGUCUCUCGUGAAGGAUACCCCCUCGGUGCCGGCACCAAUUACGGAGCAGACACUUUCGAGUAUGCAUGGCAUUGUGCCCACGUUACAGAACAUUGUAGCCACGGUAAACUUGGAAGCCCGGUUGGACUUGAAAACCAUUGCAUUGCAUGCUCGCAAUGCCGAGUACAACCCCAAGCGUUUUGCCGCCGUGAUUAUGCGUAUUCGUGAGCCAAAAACAACAGCCUUGAUUUUCGCAUCUGGUAAGAUGGUUAUCACAGGCGCGAAGAGUGAGGACGACAGUCGUUUGGCAAGCCGAAAGUAUGCCCGAAUUAUCCAGAAGCUCGGUUUUGAAGCCCGCUUCAGCGAGUUCAAGAUCCAGAACAUUGUAGGAUCUUGCGAUGUCCGCUUCCCUAUCCGCUUGGAAGGUCUUGCCUACAGCCACGGCGUCUACUCUUCAUAUGAACCAGAGUUGUUCCCUGGUCUCAUUUACCGUAUGGUCAAGCCCAAGGUCGUACUUUUGAUCUUUGUGUCAGGGAAGAUUGUGCUAACGGGUGCUAAAGUGCGCGAGGAGAUCUAUACCGCUUUUAACCUCAUUCUCCCGGUACUUUCUGAAUUCCGAAAGCCUUAA